AUGCGAUGUAGAAGCAGCUUCGGCAUUCUUAAAAUUGUCUUGGUACGUUGCAUGUUUUGAGCGCCUUCAUUAAUAAAGCUAUCAGCGAGUUGGCGAAUAACCGCUGCUAAGCUAGCUAACUAACUAAACUUUCUCUGUUCUUUUUGCAGUUCUCGAAACUGUUGCUGGUGAUUUGUUUAAGGACAGAGGCGGAAUACAUCCAGACAUCAAAAAGUAACGUUUUAAAAUCCUUUUUCCCUACGUAUUUGAGUUUGUUAUUACACGGGAGUGAAAAGAGAUUACACCUGCAAGCACUUCCAUCUAAUUUCGUUUUCCAUUUUGUUUCUACUUUUGGAAAUAAUUGCUCGAAUACACCGUUUACCCUAAAAUUAAGUUUCUUACCGAUGCCUUCAGUUAACUGGUUUACGUACUAUGGUUACAAAUGCGAGCAGAAUAGCGCAUUCAUGUACGGUACAUAAUCGGAAAGCCAUGAUUUUCUGCGUUAACGUUAUGUUACAGACCUACGUUAUAUUAAUGAGAAUAUACAGGCUAUAUCACCUCCCUCUCCGAGAGUUAUAGCCUUUUCGUUCAUUUAUUUUUUAAAAAAAAAAAGAAUUCCUUUGGAGAGCAAAGAAUUCAUUAUUUUCACUGGAAUAUUCUAUGGAAAGUGUGUUAAUUAAUACCAGUUUUUGCUGUCAGAUGCACAUAAACUCCCUGAUCGAUAUAAUUACAGGAACAAGACAGCAAAUACCCUAGAAAAAUAUACAUUCUCUCAAUGAUACGGAGAGUUACCUCCGAAAAGUGGAUAGCAUAAAUUUCACAUUUUAAGCAACAUGUAAUAUUAAUUUGGGUUUGUAAUGGAGUGAAACAGGAAUUUUAUACUGACUUUAAAUUAACUUGAAACACACAAAGCGUAGAUUACAAUAGGUUUUCUAUUUUGGAGGUGACCUUCUGAAACAGAGGACCGAGAAAGCUUGUAAAAAAUGUCUGAGAUGAUUAUUAAAACAUGGGAAACGUUUAUGAAAUAUCUUUCCUGUUAGGAACAACAAGCCAUUGAAAAUGCCGUUACUAGUAACAGUUUUAAUUGGUGAAAAGCCUCUGAUUGGUUGAUAUUAAGAACAGGUGAGAGAGUCCAAUAUACGCCAGAAGUGGUUCCUCUUUUGUCGUGAAUAUCUCCUCAUUUUAACUCGACAAGCGAAGAAAUAAUCCCUUAAAAAGCGGUCUAAUGAUUCCUAGAUGUUAUCUUGGAACUCAGUGUCACAACAUAAACGGAUAUCGGCCGUAUUUUCCCCUUUUUCCGUGCCAAAGAAAUGAUUGAAAGAAGUUUGUCUUGUUCUAACUAGAUCGAAACUAGAACUUUCCCUUAAUUAUCCUUGCCCCGCGUAAUUGCGACGUGGGGAUUGACAGAUGUCAGUGCGGGUUGCCUACUACGUCAACUGAAAAGCGUUUUCUGGUAUUCGCUUUACCCCACAGUAAGUCGGAACCUGCUGUAAAAGUCAAUUCAGCAACUUUCAGUUGAACGGUUUAACAAAAUGUGAUGUCAGUAGUGGUGCCCUGUAUGAAGUUUGAUUUUCGAACCUCGCGAUAACUCUCUUCCUCAAUCAAGCUCUGCAAGUUUACUCUCAUUUUUUUAACCUCUCAAUAACCCGAACGAAUUUCCUUUUCUUCCGACGGUUUGGAAAAUCCUAACCUUCGGUCAGGCGGUCCUUCGAAAAAAAAAAAACGCCUUAUCGCAGGUUGGGACAAUCCGUAAUCCACUGUUCUUUAGAUGGUCGAACUUUCAGUAUAAUGUCAGUCAGAAACAUCAUUAUCAGAAAAAACAAACCACAGGGACUCAUUUUGUUCAUCAUCAGCUUCUCUCGAACGGUCAAACUCUUUAGUUUAAAGUGACUCUUUUGGAUAGAAACUUUAGUGUAGCAAAGUACAGCUGAAACUACAUAGCGCGAAAGUUCUCAAUAGGUCAUAGGGGUUUCCUCCGAUCCUCGAACUCAAAAUAACAAACUCGGCGUCUCUAAAAGCCCACUGCUAUUAUUUUGCUAAAAUAACCAUAUAUUAACAGCAGCUUAGAACUGUGUUUACUUUCAACAAGAAAUUUUCCCAAGUCGUAAGAGUGGAAUAAAGCAAGAAUCCUUUAACUUUUUGUAAAAAAGAUAUCUUUAAUAACGCACCCUAACCAGUGACCUGUUUUAAAGCUCGUGCAGAUUUCAAUAGCUGUUUUCAAGAAUGGAAGGAUAACAGGAAGUUACAGGGUGUACCUCUCUUGCUGUUGCUAGCCACAUGGAACAAAAAGAAAAUUUCACAAUAAGUGCGUUGGCAAAGCUUUAUUAGAAAUUCAUAGUUUUUUCGACGGUUAGUUUCUUUUAUUUUUUAAAAUUACCGAUACUGAGUGCGACUAAGUUUUGAAAAGCUAUGAUUGAACUGUUUUGGAACGUUGUUAUCAACUUUGAUGGAUUUUAGAGGCUUGAUUAUCACCUUGUUUGCCCGUCUGAAGUAAAAUAAGGGGAUUAUCUAGGUAAUUCUUUUUUAAAACUUGUAGAUAUAAAUUUUUAAACGGUUUCAAAUCCAGAAAAAUUUAAAAUCUGAGUAUGAUGUAUUUGCAUGUUAAAAAGUAGAUAAUAACCUAUUCGAAUCAAUUUAGGUUUCGGGAAACUGCCCACCUACCCCUCUCCUAAGCUAACAUUUUGCCCUAAGUGAGAAGUAAGUGAGAAUGUAGGACUUCUGCGAGUUAAGGACACUAAACCAGGUUUAUGCAACAAACGUCCUGCAUACCUCUAGGACUGGAAUGUCGAUAUAUGCUUAUGCGCUUUUUCAGGCCGGGAAUCAUCCUGAGCCAUCCUGACAAAAUCUUUCCACACAACCUUAUCGAGCAUGACAACUCUUAUUUCUUUUGUAUUGUCGAGUCCGGAGUCAGCCUUGAUGGUGUCGAUGUAUGUAGUUCUUGGUCUACCUCGAUUUGGGUGGCCAUGUUGAGGUGCCCAAACGACUUUUAGCCAGACAUUGAAAACUGUCCGUCCGGAAGGCAUGUUUUCGCUUAACGUGAUAAGAGAUUAAAUGAAUUUUUCUUGUAUUUCUUCCAAAAAUGGGCGUCCAUAGGACGGCUGGACACCCUUCUGGCUCAAACCUUGUUCCCAAGGCAACACUUUUGAAGUAGUCUGUUCAUUGUGACGAGCUCAAUGGCCAGCUUAUCCGCUUAAUCUUCUCGCAUGAAUUGUUUCACUGGCUCUUGGGAGGCUCCAGUAAAGGUCCUGGUCGUUAAUAAGUUUUUGCCAGUGCACAUUUCAUGCUCACGACCAAUGUAAGAAGAGUAAUAGUUGAUUUUAAGCUUGGUGUAUACACGAGAAGACCUUUUUUCAGUCCGUGCGUCUUGGUUUCUUAUGAACUGAGUUGGUUAUCGUGUUAUAUUUAUAGACUGUACACAAUAUGUUACACUGUCGGGAGACGAAGGCAAUUUUACAAGUCCGGGAGGAUAUCAAGGCUAUCCUAAUGACACGUCGUGCAGGUAUGCUAAGCUGUCAUGAAUAUUGGCCAUUUAGAGGCUUCGCGUGAGACUGCGUCAAUGUUGUACCGAAUUGCACAAUGGGACUGUUUUGAAGUUGAAUUUUGACGCAGUUUCCCUGGCAACGUCGUAAUAGCCAAUAAAAAUGGGACAGUAUCCUCAAAAAAAGUACCAUGGUGCAAUUCGACAGAACCCACCCAGUCUCAGGUGAAACGAAUGUCUGGGACUACCUUCCUUACCCUACUGAGUUUUUUUCACCCCUACCCCCAGAGAGUGUACAGCGGGCGUACGCUGACGUCAUAACCAAAUUUUCUGGCAUCGAUAGGUUUCCAUUUUUUCUUAGGUAUUGGAAUCCACUGCGCAUGCGGACGCUCCUCUAAAGGCUCCUAAGACACUUGUCUGCGAUAAUGGGCAAAAUUUUGAGUCAAUUUGCGUCGAAAAUCUAUCGUAAUUGCAUAGCCAGCGAGGAAAAUGAAGAAAAUGAACAAUUUAAAUCGGCCCCUUGCUACUUGAAGCCAACAACCCUGUGAUACGAUAGACCUCAACCUCCCUGUGUAUGCUUUCAAUCCCAAAUCUCGCCCUCAUUUUGCAAUAAAAUCCUGAAUCCGAGCCUUAAAUAAGGGAAAUCCCGAGCCCCGAGCUUCAAGUGAGGGAAAUCCAGGAUCCCGAGUUUCAAAUAAGGGUAAUCCCGAAUCCCGAGCUUCAAAUAAUCGAAAUCCCGAAUCCCGAGUUUCAAGUAAGGGAAAUCCCGGAUCCCGAGCUUCAAAUAAGAGAUCGCGAAAGACAUUUUGGGAAGCCUCAAUAUUGUUAGUUUUUGCUUGCGCGUGAGACUAGCUGGAUCUAUUGCGAAGUUACGAAGGAAACUGUGUCAAAAUUGGUUUACCAAAACAGUCCCAUGAUAGGGCAAAUCGACACUAAAACGACCCAAUCUCACACGCAAACUGUGAACUUCUCCUCGCAGAAACCACCAUAAAAUGGACACCUCUCUGACAGAGAUACUACAUACUACAGACGCCUUGGUCUCCCAUGCAGACGUUCUUAGGGCUUCGAAACGCGUUCCUACCCAUCCUGUUCGUGGGGGAGGGACUACUCGUGACUGUGACAAAGCCUUACGUGUGGGGGCUGGGGAGAGAGAGGGCGGUUCUCUCCUAUUUUUUCCUGCCAUCACCCCUUUCCCCGGAUCGCGCUCGGUGUAUUUUCGCGACGUCCCUACUAUCGCUAAGAGCCUGGCACAGGUUACGUCCAUGGUCGUCUGAAAGUGUACAUUCAAUGGGUAAUGCUUUGGCUAAUGCCACAAAUACUUAGCAUUUAAACACACUCAAAAGUCGUCCAUGGUUUCAAAUGAAUACAUUCUUUUUCUAUUUCUGUUUUGUACCUUUUAGUAGCAAAUUUGUGGCUGAUAACUAAAUGCCAUUCUCUUUCAAAUCUUCCAAUAGCCCACGUUCGAUAUAUUAAAAUUCGAACAUGACUGCGAGGUUUUCUGUCAUAUUUCUAUAUUUCGCAAUUUUGUCCGUUAAGCCUCAACCCCCAAUGUCAGAAUUUUGAUACAUCGAGCUUGGCCUAUUACUACAAUCAUUUUUACGAUAUCCUAUGCUUUUCGUUGUCAUUCUCUCUGCCUUUUCCUUCCUUUCAUAGCUGGGUGAUAUACGGACCGUUCAACGCCAAGAUAAGCGUCACCUUCCACGACUUUGAUCUCGAGCUGAGUAAGACUUGUGCACCGUAUGAUGUAGUCAAGUUGUCAGACAAGUGUAACGGGACAAAAGUUUGGUCGAAGAAUCUGCAGCCUGAAGGUUAUAUUGGCGAUGGCUACUGUGGUAAUUUGAAGAGGUUUAGUGUCAUUUCACGUUGCAACAACAUGCGUGUAGAGUUCAAAUCUGACGAUUCAAUCACGGGAAGAGGAUUUAACGCAACGUACAAGAUAAUCCGGGAAAAUAGUGAGCACUCCUUCUCUCUAUAGCCCUUUUUACGCAAGCCUGAGAAAAAAGCGUACUUUUCGCUACUUCACCACUGGUUUUCCCACGAAAUGACGUCAGAGGAACGACUGCAUGAUUUCCAUACUGUUGACGUGUCACUUACCAGAUCUGUGUCAUGUUUCAGAUUGGCUGAAGCAAGGCAUGGCCAGUCAGAAGCACUACCCAGAUCUUCGUAGUAACGCGCGCUCGGCCGUCUUAACAUUACGGGCUAGAUUAACCAUAGGCGUUUUAAAAAGGUUGAGACUACUUUUGUGACUUCAGUGCACUCAAAAGGAGGAAAUCUUUCGAAUACAUGGGAAUAUUCCAUCUCUUGCGCGUCGGAAGUCGUCGGAAGUCGUCAGAAGUCAUCCAUGCCGUAUCCAUCCAUCCAUCCAUCCAUCCAUUCCUUCCUCCUUCGCUAUAUAUAAGUCAGUUAGUCUGUCUGUCUCUCAAUAGCCAAUCAGUCAGCCAGUAAGUCAAUCAACUAGUCAUUCAUUCAUUCAUUCAUUCAUUCAUUCAUUCAUUCAUUCAUUCAUUCAUUCAUUCAUUCAUUCAUUCAUUCAUUCAUUCAUUCAUUCAUUCAUUCAUUCAUUCAUUCAUUCAUUCAUUCAUUCAUUCACUUUUGCAAGUUCUCUUCCCUUUGAUGUUCAUCACUGAAUUCAUAAAACAAAUCAUACUGCUUUUUGUCUUGUCAUUAUCCGUUACAGGAAAACCAUUUAUAAAGUCUUUCUGUGAAAACAGCACCAAUAUAAACUGCUCAACCAAAAAGGAAGCAACAGAAGAAGACGAAUUGCACCUCUGGUGUGAAGUCGAGGCGUAUCCUGAGGGAGAGGUGAAAUGGACCUACUUGGGGGCAAACUCUUUAAAUACCAACGGAACACUCGCAGAGGACCGUAUGUCCGACUCUCGCAAUGGAAUGCUAAAGAUAAAACCACUCAAGAGAAGUGAUACAGGAUACUAUAUGUGUUACGCAAACAACUCGAAAGGAUUUGACUCUGCAGUGAUGUAUUUGCGCGUUAAAGGUAGGCGGAAAAGGACGUUGAACGCAGUGGCUCUUCUUAGGCCAGUGCCAAACGUCGAACUUUUCAUGGGACGAACCAAACUGGGCGGAUUAAGUCCAUAAAAAUUUCGACUUCUAACCCUGUCUGCUUCAAAUGAUGAAGUAUGACUGGUUCGACGCUUCAUUAGUUCGACGUCUGACCCAAAAGACGAGUUUAAAUUAAUUUAGGUCGACCCAAAUAUAAUUACAAUUUGGUUCGUCUCAUGAAAGUUCGACGUUUGGCCUUAGUUUUUUCCAGUGUUGAUAAACUGUAAGAGUUGAGGAAAGACGACUUAAAGUCAAAGCAGUCGCGGCAAGUGCUUGUGGCCAACAUCAAGGGCGGGAUGGAAAAACAAAUGUUAAUGUCUUUGUUUGCUUCGAGAAAUCUAGAAAAGGGCUUUUAAGCUACGGUUGUACCUUCUUCCGCUGCAAACUGAACUGGAAUUCUGUAGUGUUGCUUCUAAUGAGAAUGGAAAUCCGGAAAACCCUGAGAAAAACCUCCCGGAGCAAGGGAGAUAACUAACAGGAAUCUCAACCCACAUGUGACGACGACUCCGGGAUUCGAACCCGUUGGCAAUUCCCAUCACACCGCUGCGCCUAUUUGCAUCAUGGGAUUGCGCACAAGUCGCGGCUGGCAAUUCUAGUCUAAAGGGGCCUUGCCACGAUGAUUUUUAGGUAAAUUCUGUGCCAAACUCAGUAAUAACUGCCUUUACCCAUUACUCAAACGGACAGACCUUUUCGUAGCUCAAAUGAUCAAGUAGAAAUGAACUCGGGUUUCCACCCCUUCGAUUCCUGAUUCAAGGUGCCGGAUUCCAGUACAGUAAAGGGUCUUUGAUACGCGGGUUUCCCCGCUCAUUUACCCAACGGCUAUUCCAUGCUGACGAGCCCCAAUAGGGGCGAAACAGCUGUUCAUAGCUACCACUGCCGGGGUGAUAUGGUUGUGCGCAUGCGUAAGGUACUGGCCAUACCACUGACCGCGGAGUUGGUACGUGUACUUCAGUGCUUAAUUUACCGGAUUCCAGUCUUUGUCAGUGGAACUUGGAUUCUGGAUUCCAAUCGUUUGUGGGAUCCGGAUUCCUUGAGCUGUUUUCCGGAUUACAAAGCCCAGGAUUCCGGAUUCCAUAAACAAAAUUUUCCGGGAUUCCGAAAUUCGAAUUCCCUUACAUGCGGCGACUGGUCUCAUCAGUAAUAAGAGACAUCAAAUAAGUAAUUAAUUCUUACGUGCUCAACGGCGCUGACGCUUAAAUAAGUUAGGUGUGUGUGUGCUAAAAUGUCAUGCUAAAAGCUAAUUUUGUAACUUUGUUUGGCUUUCAGAAAAGUGCAAGUGUCCAAAAAUAAUUCAAGCCAACUGGUACAAUAUCCCACCCUAUGUAGAGCACCAUCCCGGGAGAGAUCCCUCGGGACUGUUCCCGUUUUUACUCGGGAAAAUUGUUAAACAAUGCUGUGGAAAUUGCACAGGCGGUGACGGGGAGUCUGAGAUCUCUUAUUCCAAGCGUCAAGAAACACUGGUAAAGAUAUUUUUAAAAAACACUUAACAGAUACAGGGGACUUUACAGUUCUUAGGUCUCUUCUAAGGUGGAUUUACACUGUUGCGUAGUUUUACGAGCGUAUGCAAGUAAAUUUUGCAUGCAUAAAUAAAAUAGAGGCAACGAAUGAAAGUUCGCGCUUAAAUGUAUAAAGUAGAACCUAGCUCAUAGUUUACGUUUACGCACGAUUCGCCGCCACUGAUGUUUGGUUUGUGCUUAGUACUAGGAUCUUCUGGAUCGUUAUACGUUUCUGGGAAACUGCCCGCCUACCCCUCCCCCGAUCUUCCCAGCGAAAGCAGUUUGCAUGGUGCUAGGAUCUUCCUACCUCUCAGCUAGGAAUAUCCUAGUCAUCGUAGUACCAAGACGUUCCUAGUGCUAGGGACAGUUACAACCUUUGCUUGUAUUGCAUGUAUUGCAUGUAUGUAUGUGAAAAAAAGACAAAAGCGCUAGGAUGAUCCGCGUUCUGGGAUCCUCCUGGCGCUAGGAUCUUCCUUCCCUUCCUCCAUGUAAAGACCCUCUAGGUUUAACUUCUAAUUGGAAGGAAUCUGCAAUCCUUUUUUGCUAGCUUGUUAUUGUGUCGUUUUUUCACACUCUUACCAAACUGUAAAAGGCCGGCAUUCCUUUCUUGUUCGUACUCUUAGACAUUUUCUCCUGUUACGUUUAAAACAGGUAGACAUCAAAGCCAGUCAAAACCUGGAUCAACCUGACACCAUCACGUUUCCAAUCAGUGGGAAAAAAGCCGAUCGCAGAUAUCAGACUUCCUACAAGUUCAUGCCUCUGAUAGGAUCUCCCGGCGUCGCAUUCAUUGUUGUUGAUGAACCACCCGGCACCUCAGCGAACGCUGUGUUCAACUCUGUUCUUUCUGGGUGGCCUGUGUUGGUACUUACGUUACUGAUGGCGUUACUGUCCGGUAUCAUCAUGUGGGGACUGGUAAGUAGUGAACGAGUAUUUUUUGGGUAGCCUGUGCCAGGCUCUCAGAUAGUAGGGACGUGGCGAGAAUAAAACAAUCCAAGCGCAAAUAAGACGCGAGCGAUCUGGGGAUGGGACUGCUCUGUCUCUCCCCAUCCCUCGCCCGUUUUUUGCAUCACUUUCUACUGCGCGACUCUACAUUAUUAUCUUGGAGACUGGAAUAAGCUAUCCCUGGGGACUGCACAGUAUCCCCCUGAUACUAGUUUCCUGUAGCUCUCGGCUAACAGAGGCCUUCGAAGGUCCUUUCCCUAAAAUCCCCGCUGGCUGAGUAACUAGUAAGAGAGGUGGGAUUUGCAGCGUGUCAAACUAAAGCUACGGGAAAACGGGCAGCAAAAAGCACGCAACUUGUCACGCAACAAUGAUGCAAAACGAGUUGAAUAACGAUGUUGCGCGUCUUACCACACAUAUCAAACGUGUCUUGCAACAAAUCAGGUUGUUAACCCUUUAAUCCCUAAGAGUGAUCAUCAUCAAAUUUCUCCUUAUAAUAUCAAUGCUUUGUAAAACAGAGUGGUUAUGAGAAUUACGAACAUGAUCACACACGAUGAAUUUGCUUGAUAUUUUAUCAACUUCUCCCCACUACUUCUGUAGGAAAUGAAUAGGGGCAACAAAUGAGAAUUCAAAUUUUGAUCUUAGGGUUUAAACGGUUAACCGGUUUGAACAUGGGUGGUAAAACGCGCAACAUCGUUUUUCAACUUGUUCUGUAGCAGUGUUGCAAAACGGGUCCCACGUUUUUAAACUGGACACGCAGUUAAUAUCAGGAACGGAUAGCUUCUCAUUACAAAAACUCUUUAAUCCUUUUAAGUAACUUCGUAAUUAUCAAGUUUCAAUAGAUCGCUUCGUUACGGAGACACCCAAUAAAGAUAAAGCAACAAACGGUGGCUCUAGUACGGGUAAAGUGCUGUAAAAUCACCAUAACGCGUUAUGUUUUAGGACACGUGGUACAAUCCUGACGAAUUUCCCAGGUCGUUCAUUAAGGGGAGUGGAGAAGGUUUUUGGUGGGCAUUUGUUACCAUGACAACCGUUGGGUAAGUACAAACAGUCACUGAACGAAGAAUAAAAAGGGUUUUUGUAUGUCUGAAGUGUGUGCCGGCGCAAAGAGGUCUACACGAUAACGACCUAACCCUUAAAACCCUAACCAACCACGGCACUUACCGAAUUAUGUUAGGUUUUUGUAACAUAAAGCAAAUCCAUGCUAGUCCACUACCGGAAAUCCUACAUAAUUAAGUUACGUUUCUCAAACGUAGGGAGCGUCCUCGAUAGGGAUAACCUCUGACGUUUCCUUUUAUGUAUUUUCACAUAAUAAAUAUUUGAUUUGAUUUGAUUAGAAAGAUGAAGUGAGUCUUCCGUAGAUAGAACGUUAGCCUACCGGCACUGGAUUGGAUGAUGGAGUGUCGUAGAGUGAAACUAAAAUUGAGUGAAAACGCUCGAUUGAAUGUAUAUAGAUAGAAACUCAUCUAUUCCUUUGCUCCUUGCAGCUACGGUGAUCGUUCCCCUCGAGGAUUCGUGGCGCGUAUUUUUGCAAUAAUCUGGGUACUAGUUGGCCUCGUUAUCACGUCCAUAUUUACGGGUGUCGUUACCACGUCUCUCACAGCCAUAACGCUGAGUACUGAUGUGAAGCUUUACGGCACUAAGGUGAGUUUAAAGGAGCUAUAGCGUGAUUUUUUCGUGUUACAUUCGUCAUCAUCAUUAUCGGUCGACGGAAGAGCAGUCGAUCGUAACUCGUCUCCAACUUGCUCGGUCUUAGGUAAUGCGCACGAUGUCAUCCUCUAAAAAAUGCUUAUUGGGGUCGAUCCAUUCCUGGACACGACAGGAAAAGCGUUCUCCCUAGGUGUCUUCUCCCGUGGAAGGGCUCAUACACCGCGUAAAUGUUAGCGGGUUCAUCCUGUAGCCAAGGAACUUGAGCUGACGUGAGAUGACUGUCGAUAGCAAAGGGCUAGUGCCAGUGAGAUCGUAGAUUCAGUCAUUUAUGACUCUGCCUAAACUUUUGAUGUUCAAAAUGAUCCUUUAACAUGAGGUGGCAAAAGCUUUUCGUUUCACACCCAUGUCUUUGGUGAUCAUCUAAGUACGUUUCGCAGUGAUUCAGUAGAACGGAAAGACAUGUUGUUCUAAAUAGGCGCAGUUUCAGGUCCAAAGGUAUUGUCUGCGAAUAGCAGAUCUUGUCUAGGCUCUAGAAAGCAGACUAUGCGAGGGCCUUCCGACGCUUGGAGGUAUUACUUUAAAACCCUAAAAACACAUUGGAAGCAAAGAAAACCCUGAAAUAAUGGUUCAGUCAGACAGACGGUCAUAGUCUUAACCAACAACUUUUAUCUGUUUCCUUUAGAUUGCAGCAGUUGCAAAUUCCACCGAGUACAGAUUAGGACUCAACAAGAACGCGAAAAUGCAAGGCAAGUGUCAAAACACGUUUGGUUAUGUUUGAAGAGCGCUUGCGAAAGAAUAAUGACAAUCACCACGACAAAUUUCUUGAUUUCUGUCAAUCUAGGUGACCACUCGUUCGCACUGUUCAAUUUGACGGCGAACACGGUUUUAUUAGGUUUAAUAUUUUAGUAUUCCUUAACCAGCCUCAUACCCAUCGUCCCCGGCGAUUUCGGCUGUGACGUCACCUCGGGAAACGAAUCGCCCUCGGUUCCAAGCCUCCUCUCUUCACUCGGAUAGCGCGAACUUUCCUCUAGACGAGGCUUUUUCCUUAACGUAAGUCACCUGGGUAACAUCAGCAAAGGCGGCGUACAUGUCCGUAAUACAUAUUCUAGCAACACGUCCCCUUGUUUGCGUUGAAUGGCACACGCGCCUAUCCUUAACACAGUCGACCACUGAAAAAAAAAAAACUACCUGCAUGUUGCCGCAUGAGAGCGAGGAUCCAAAUUCACCAAUCACUAAUAGCCACAGAUAUCCAAGGACCUACAAGUAGUUAGUGUGAAGCAGUCAGAAGGACUUCAGUGGACAACAAAAAUUUUGAAAAAAAUAUGCAGGAUGUCAUAUCAUGUACUUUUUUCAUACAAGAUUCAGUUUCCUUGAUGAGAAUUUUCGUCCGGCAACAGCUUGAUGGUGCCGCUAUUAAUCCCGCCUAGCCAAUCGACACCACCGCCUGGUUAAGGCCCCGUAUAUAGGAGAAAAGUUGUCACCGGAAGAGGUUCUCCCUCCCACCCGAGCCAACUUUAGCGAGUGUUUAUAUGAGAAAAAAAUGACCCCUUUACCCGAUCCAAGAGCUGGCAACAGCCGUUGGUCAUGCUCUGAUUGUCUCGCCUUGACCGAGUUUACCCGGCUGGGCGAGCCUAUGUGUCAUCAAUAGCAAGUGACCCUCCUGGGAAAAUCACCCUUCUAGCAGAUCCAACUUUUUGUUUCUCGUGUAAACGGUUCGCCACGUUUUAUAAGGUUGGCUCGUCCACUGUGGCUCGGGUAGGCGAGUGACCCGUCUACCCGCGGGACAAGUUUUCUCCCUGUAAACAGGGCCGUAGCAAUAAAAGUCAAACUACGAUGAAUAACAUAUCUUUCAUUGAACUAAUUUUUUUCACGCAGCAUACAAUGACUUGGUGUCUAUUGUGGCCCCUCUGAAAGACAGACAAUUCAAAGGUGUUCUAGUGGACACUUACGUCGCUGGAGAAAUGAAAGAAUUCUCUAGCGAAGAGCUACGAGUAAAUAAAAUCAUCGAUCAUAACUCAUACUAUGGAGUUGUAUUUGGAGAGGGACGAUUGUCAGAAAAGACCUUUCAGAACUGCUUCGAGGACUACGUUCUCUCAAACCAAGCUGAAAUCUUCGAAGAAGUAAAAGCGAAAACCAAGCCAAUGGAGGUGAGUUUUUUUCCGGACAUCUUUUAAACUCGCUAUGUUUUGGUUAAUGAGUCAAACUCGCUGGGUCGCUUUAUGGUCGUUUUACUUCUUUUAAGGAUUAGAUAAAGGACUUCACAAAAUGCUAAUGUCAACACUCGCAUGGAUGUUUCACACUAAAAGAUAAUUAACAAUUGCGUUCACACGUCUGUCAGAAAGAAAGCCCUUUAAGGGGUUACACUGGCGUAGAACAUUAGACCAACUAUGCCCUGAUACUAUUGAGUUCAUAUAUCAUUCACCAACACCAGUCUUUUUUAGAGUGUACACUCAAAUGGACGAUCACACAAGGCAAAUUACUGAUUGGGUUCACACAUUUAUCACUAACUACAGUCUUUUAAAGGACCAAACCCGCAUGGAAGAUCACACCAGACAUAUUACUGAUAUUACUGGCUUUACACAUUAGUCACCAACACAAACCUUUCAACCGACUACACUCACAUAAAGAUCACAGUAAGACAAACAACUGAUGAUACUUUAUUCAUCUAUCAACAGCAUCACUUUUAACGAACGAUUUCACUAGACAAACGACAUUCUCGUCCCCAGAGCCACUCAGCUCAAUUUAUAAAGAAAGAUAGCACGUGACCAAAAGAAACGAAAGUGUCUGGGAACGAGAAUAGACAAACUACAGUUUCGUACCCAGAGCCACUCGGCUUAAUUUGUAGCCAUCGAGAUCACGUGAUCAAAAGAAACGACGGGGUCUUGGAACGAUAAUGGACAAACUACUGAUGCCAUCGACUUCAAACAAUGUAUUAUUUCGUUUUUCUUAUUGUUUCGUAGGAGCCAGCAGAGAGUGCAGCCGUUGAGCGCUCAUCCGGCUUAUUUGACGCCAACUCUCCUCUGUUCCGGAACUCCAUUUAUACCUGCAUUGGCUUGCUGCUGUUUUUGUCGGCUUGUGGCAUUAUCUGGGACUACGGAUACAUGAGGCACUGGAGGAAAAAGGCAGAGAUGGGUAAGACGAAAGGCUAAGGUCAUGUUUCUACUUGAUACCCGGGCACGAUGCCCGACUACGGUACUCGAUGUGCACUAAUGUGAACUCACCCUUUUUUAAGUACCCGCGCCACAAUAUCACCAUGUCAUUUCUUUCGUAACCUUACAAGUCUACCUCCUCCUCAGGCGCUUCGUUUUUUGCAUAGAGGCUAGCGCGAAACGCGUGUGACACGCGAGUGACCGGUGACGAAACGCAAGGCCCGUUCUCUCCUUUUCGCCCUUUUGCACGCAUGGAGAGAGAGAGACGUCUAGGUACGAGUCAGCUUUAAAGUUAUAAUGGCCCUUAUGUGUGUUUACGUCAGCCGAGCAAAUUUCACCACCAAGCCUUGUUUGUGAACAAAAUUCUUUGCAUUUCACUCUGUGUGCAUGAGUAUUCUUUUCAAAACAACUAUCUUGGGAGUUCGUAUUUGUAACAUUUGUAGAAAACGUAAAUGUAAUAACUGACCUAAAUUUAAAAAAAAAUCCUAAAUGCAAUAAGAUUUAACCCUAAAUGUAAUUUUAAGUCUUAAAUGGAAUAACAUUUGGAGUGUGACAACAUUCGGUCUUAUAUAGUAUGACAUCAUGCUAACGUCAUCAGUGACGUAAGUAACGCGUCAUAAACCAUCUAAGUAGUUAGGAAAAUGGCAACGUGAUCUUUCGCGCCAUCUGUCACGAAAAUCAGUCACGUCAUCGUCAACCUCAAGACCAACUGAUUACAACACCCACGUGACCAAUGAAAACAUCAAUCCCGUGUCUUCUUAGCUUUGGAAAGUUUACCUUCUUUUUUCCCCUUACUUACAACUUUCUUUGCUUUACUUUAGAAUAGUUUUUUUGGACUUCUAAAAGUGACAUUAGACGGAUUAAGAAAUAGGGAGUUUGAGAUACCACAAUGGCGACGGCCUCGAAAACGUCGCUUAAAAAGUGAAUUUGCAUUCUUUCAAUCUCUAUCGCGAUUACUCCAACUCAUAUACUUUGUCAAAAGUAAGCGAACUGUUUUUGAGCCGAAUUCCUAAGAACCAUAUUCAAGUUCAGAAAUAGAAAUAAGAUUUAGCCGUAACUUGUUUACGUCCUCCAUAAAACGUGAAAUUACAGGCAUUUUCCCGUCGUAGUCGUGCAGUGACGGCGAAGAAAUGUACAAAAAAGCGUGAUACACGUGCAUUGUUGUUGUUUUGCCUAUUCAACUUAUUGCUUUUUUGACGGUCUCGUUAUCGUCGCCGUCGUGACAUCUUAAAGUCCCUAAUGAAAACGCGACGGCGGUGACGAAGGUGCGCGCAGAUCUGAAAACGAGCUUGACUUAUGGCAAGAUUUUCGAAACGAGGCGUGGUGGUCAGAUUUGCUCGUUUGACGUAAACAUUCAUGAGGGAUAUUCGUCACUUUAGACACGGGGAGGGAACUGGGCCGAGUUAACUUUCACAAAGACAUUUGGGACUGUUACUUGAGUGGCCAAUUGCUACGAUCUCAGAAGAGUUAGCGAAAGUAAACUCGGGUUAGUUUCCUUGUAGCCUGUUGUUCCAGGCUUUCAAAACGCUUUUCCUUCUCGUUUAUAAGCCUUUUUUUUUCUCCAUUUAUGCCAUCAGAACACUAUAGCUUGGGUUUGUUCUUAUUGCAGAUGAACUCGAACUUCUCGGAGGGCCUGGGUACGAAAUGGCCAAAAGGAAUCUGGACAUGAUGGACUCGCUGAUGCAAGAAGUUCAGGAGUUUUACGACAACUGGACGAAGCGACUCGACGAUAUCACAGCUAGACAUGAAGAGGAACACAGAUUACAAGCCAAAAAGAAAAACUAG